GACGGGGCUGCGCGGCGGCGAGGGAGGAGCGGGGGGCGGAGAGGACGAGGAUGAGGAGAAGGGGGGCAGAGGAAUAGGAGAAGGAGAAGGGGAGGAUGAAGAGGUCCCUGCACGGCGUGGCCAAGAGACCCGCCUAGAACUGCAGCCGGAGCGCUGGAGCUGGAACCGGAGCCGCCCUAGGGCUCAACGCGAGCCUCAAUCUCAGAGCGCAACUGGAGCUAAGAUCUCUGAGCGCGGCGGGAGUCCCAAUCUUCCUCGGGUGGGGAGGUAGACUAAGUAGCUUCAGCCCUCGGGGGCUGCCCCGGGUGGGGGGCGGGGAUGAAAGAGGGUAGCCGCCGCCGCGCCCCGGCUCGGUGAGCAGGAGGCAAAGGAGGAUGGAGGCAGCGGAGCCGGAGUCCGGCAGGGGCUCGCCGCCCCCUCCGCCCCCGCCGCCCCCACUGCCGCCACCUUCCCCUGCACUCCCGGAGAAGAAGAAGAUCAACCGUGCCCCGUCUCCUGCCAGACCCAAGGACGUCCCCGGUUGGUCGCUAGCCAAGAGCCGGAGGAGCAGUGGCAGCAACCCGGGCUCUCCUGCCUCUCUGUCCGGGAAGGCGGGGACGGGCCAGCCCCGGCCCGAAAAGAAAGGCCGUAGCGGCCCACAGCCCGGGGCUCGGGGCUCGGGAAAAGGUGCGCCGGGCCGAGCCGGGGCCAAGGCAAAGGGGCGUCCCCGCGACGAGCCCCCAGGGCGGGCCUCGCAAUCGCCGCUACUGCCACUGCCGCCGCCGCCGACGGCCCUUAGUCUCACGGACAGCAGCUCCGAGGUGUCUGACUGCACGUCCGAAGAGAACAAGCUACUGUCCUUGGAACUGGCUCUGAGCAGCGAUACGGAGUCCGGCGGCGGCAGCGGCAGUGGCAGUGGCAGUGGGCGGGAGAGACCGGUUGGCACCGGAGCCGGGUCCGGGGUCCGCGUCCAGGGACACCCGGCGCCGCGCAGCCCGCAGCCGUCCCGGCUCGCCUCCCCUGGAGCCUCGCCUCUCCCGGACGAGCAGUCCGCAGCGUCGCUGGGCAGCAGUCGUUUGCCCCUCAGCACGUCGCUGGCCUUCUCUGAUCUCACCGAAGAGCUGCUGGACUGCGGGCCCGACGGCUUAGUGCGAGAGCUGGAGGAGCUGCGUUCUGAGAACGACUACCUCAAGGAUGAGAUUGAAGAGCUCCGGGCUGAGAUGCUGGAGAUGCGGGAUGUCUACAUGGAGGAGGAUGUCUACCAGCUCCAGGAGCUCCGGCAGCAACUGGACCAAGCCAGCAAGACCUGCCGCAUCCUGCAGUACCGUCUACGCAAGGCAGAACGUCGUAGCCUCAGAGUGGCUCAGACAGGCCAAGUGGAUGGGGAGCUCAUCCAUAGUCUGGAGCAGGAUGUCAAGGUCUCCAAAGACAUCUCAGUGCGUCUGCAUAAUGAGCUGGAGGCGGUGGAAAAGAAGAGAAUCCGACUGGAGGAGGAGAACGAAGAUCUCCGCCAGAGGCUGAUUGAGGCUGAGCUGGCCAAGCAGGUGCUACAGCAUGAGAUGGACAAACCUCGGGAGCAUUCCUUGAAGAAAAGAGGAACUCGUUCACUUGGAAAAACAGAAAAAAAGGCGUCAGUUCAGGAGGACAACGCAGAUUUGAAGUGCCAGUUGCAUUUUGCCAAGGAAGAGUCGGCCCUAAUGUGCAAAAAGCUGACUAAAUUAGCAAAGGAAAAUGACAGCAUGAAAGAGGAACUGGUCAAAUACAGGUCUCUGUAUGGAGACUUGGACAGCUCUUUGUCUGUUGAGGAGCUGGCUGACUCCCCCCAUUCACGAGAGGCUGAGUUGAAGGUACAUCUAAAGCUUGUCGAAGAAGAGGCCAACAUCUUGAGUCGACGGAUUGUUGAGCUUGAGGUAGAAAAUCGGGGGUUGAGAGCAGAGAUGGAGGACACCAAAGGACAGGGGGAAAAGGACUACAUUGGCCCUGAUAUACGAUUUGCUUUUUCUUCCACGAACUGUGGGGAGUCUGGGGAGAGCCUGGCUGAGCUGAGGAGACAUCUUCAGUUUGUGGAGGAGGAAGCUGAGCUCCUGCGAAGGUCUUCUGCUGAGCUGGAGGACCAGAACAAGCUUCUCAUGAAUGAGCUGAACAAGUACAAGUCAGAACACGACCUAGAUGUCACCUUGUCUGAGGACAGCUGCUCAGUGAUCAGCGAGCCAUCUCAGGAGGAGCUGGCCACGGCCAAGAUCCAGAUCAGUGAGCUCAGUGGGAAGGUAAAGAAGUUGCAGUAUGAGAACCGGGUCCUACUAUCCAACCUGCAGCGCUGCGACCUGGCCUCCUGUCAGACCAUGCGGCCCAUGCUUGAGACAGAUGCUGAGGCUGGGGAUUCUGCCCAGUGCAUCCCCACCAGCCUGUGGAGAGAAGUGCCCAUUGGGGGAGAGAAUGCUACUCUAGGUCACCCUGAGCGGACAGUGGACAAUGGUGUCACAAAGCUGCCUGACACCCACCUCACGAAGCUCUUUAAAGCAAGGGACCUGGAAGCUUUGCCUGGCAUCAGGGACCAGGCUGCCCUGGUCAGCAAAGCUAUUGAUGUAUUAAUUUCAGAUGCCAAUGGCUUCAUAUCCAGCCUCAAGCUGUGCCUGGACAAUGACUGCGCAGAUCUCAUGUUGAAUGAGUCCCUGGAUAACAGUGAGAGCCCCAGUGAUUCCAAACUUAUCAAUGUUAUCUUCAUGAGGCUUGGGCUCCUGCAACAGGAGCUGAACACGUUCAUGAGGAAAGUGGAUAGCAUCGGGGACUCUUUCAAAGAGUCUACAGAAACCUCUAUGCCAACCCCAGGGACCCAGGACUCCUCCAAGGAAGUUCUGGGCAAAGAACAUGGCUCUGACUUCCAGCCUGACUUUAGUGACCUGCCAGACUGGGAGCCCCGGGCCAGGGAGGCCUUCUGCAGCACUAGCAGCGACCUGGACCCCAAACCCGAACUCACUCGGAGCUACAAGAUUUAUCAAGCUGAAGACAAUGAAUCCUAUGCCACUGAGAUCAAAGAACUACAGCUGGUACUCUCAGAAGCCCACGAGAGCCUUCGGGGCCUUCAAGAACAACUCUCCCAAGAAAGGCAGCUGCGGAAAGAGGACGCAGAGAAUUUCAAUCAAAAAAUCUUCCAGCUGAAGGAAGAUCAACAGAAGACUCUCCUGCGAAGGGAAUUUGAAUUGCAGAGUGUGAACCUCCAGAGAAGACUGGAACAGAAGUUCUGGAGUCAGGAGAAGAACCUUCUAGUACAAGAAUCCCAGCAGUUCAAGCAGAACUUCCUGCUGCUUUUCAUGAAACUUAAGUGGUUUCUCAAACGUUGGAGACAGGGCAAGAUCUUACCCAGUGAGGGAGGAGACUUUCUGGAGGUCAACAGCAUGAAAGAACUCUACCUGCUGAUGGAGGAGGAAGAGCUAAACCCCCAACAUUCUGACAAUAAGUCUUGUGUGGGGGACAUCUGGACACACAACACGCCCAAUGAGUACGUGAAGACUCUUGCUGAUAUGAAGAUCAUCCUGAAAGAACUGUGCCGAGAGCUUCGGGAGGAGCGGCGGGGCAUGAAUGAGCUCCAACAGCAAUUUGCCAAAGCUAAGUCUGCCUGGGAGAUGGAGAAAACUGAGCUCAAGUGCCACCUGGCCCAGCUGGAGCUAAAACCUGGGAAAGGAGUGGGUGAGCGGGCCCUGCCUGACUGGAAAGCCAUCCUGAAAAGAGAAAGGGAGGAACACCAGCACCUCCUGGCCGAGUCCUACAGUGCAGUCAUGGACCUCACCAAACAGCUGCAGAUCAGUGAGAAGAACUGGGACCAACAGAAAAUAGAGUUGCUAGAUAGGUUCAAGGAUGAGAAACAGCAGGCUGAGCAGCAGGUGAAGGAGCUACAAAAUAAAAUAAGUCAGCUGCAGAAGGGAGCUGAUUCCUGGGCAUUGAAACACAUUGAGAUGGAGAAGCAUGACAGCAGCUGGAAAGAGACUCUCAGUGAGAAGAUACAUGACAAAGAGACCAUUUCUGAAGCCGAUGCCAAUGGAACCAACUUAAAAAGGACCAAAUCUGUUUCUUCCAUGUCUGAGUUCGAAAGUUUACUUGACUGUUCUCCUUACCUUCCGGGCAAAUCAGCCAGCAUAGGCAACGAAACUUCCCGAAGCAAAAAGGCCUCUCCCGCUGCCUCCCUGAUGCCCAGUACCUUAAUGGAGACUGCCCCAGUGAACCCUGCCAGAAUUGCCUUCGUGGACAAUGAGCAGGCCAGCCCAGAAAAGGGGACCAAGGAGAAGAUGGGGCUCUCCCCUAGAGAUUGCAGCAGGAGAGGCAGCCUGGCCUACCAGGACUGUGCCCAGAAGCAGAUGCAGAGAAGCUACACAGCGCCUGAUAAAACAGGCAUCCGGAUUUACUACAGCCCCCCUGUGGCCCGUCGCCUCGGGGUCCCUCUGGUCCAGAAUAAAGAAGGGAAGAUUCUCAUUGAGCCUGGCUUCCUCUUUACCAUGGCCAAGCCCAAAGAGUCAGCAGAGUCAGAAGGCUUGGCUGAGAGCACCUAUGGCCGGUGGCUGUGCAACUUUUCUAAACACCGGGAGCUUCUGGACAGCAGCCCGGGCAGCGGCUCUGCCACGCCGGGCCCCAGUUUCCCCUCCGCGCUUCAUGACUUUGAGAUGUCAGGGAACAUGAGCGACGAUAUGAAAGAAAUCACCAACUGUGUCCGCCAGGCUAUCCGCUCAGGCUCCCUGGAGAGGAAGGUGAAAAGCAUGUCGAGCCAGACUGUAGGGCUGACAAGCGUAGGCACCCAGACCAUCCAGACAGUGAGCAUUGGUCUUCAGACGGACCUGCCUCGGGGAAGCCUGCAUGGCAAGAGCUGGUCACCCCGGAGCUCUUCUCUGGUAUCUGUCCGAAGCAAACAGAUAUCGUCUUCGCUGGAGAAGGUUCACUCUCGGAUCGAAAGACCUUGUUGUUCUCCCAAAUAUGGGUCACCAAAGCUUCAGAGAAGAUCUGUGUCCAAACUGGAGAGCUCUAAGGACCGAAGUCUGUGGAAUCUCCACCAAAGUAAGCAAAAUGGGUCAGCCUGGGCCAGGUCUACCACGACCCGAGACAGCCCCGUCUUAAGCAACAUUAACGAUGGACUCUCUAGUUUGUUCAAUGUGGUAGAGCACUCUGGGAGCACCGAAUCCAUCUGGAAGCCAGGCAGCCAGGAGACCCGCACCAAACCAGAGACUCACAAAUAUGGGAUUGUGCAGGAGUUCUUCCGUAACGUGUGUGGCCGCUCCCAGAGUCCCACUUCGGGCACAGACCGGAAGGAAGUAGUUGGAGAGGAGUGCACCAAAAAGCCGGAACCUCUUUCCCCAGCAAGUUACCACCAGGCUGAGGGCAUGGCCAGGAUUUUGAGCAAGAAAACUCCCAAGCUGAGCACUUGUGAGGAGGUCAGGCCAGCCUUACUCUCCCAGGGGGGUAAAGAUGGAACCUCUCGCGACCCAGAUGGCAAUUUGACUGUGUCUAAUGAGGAUGCCAUGUGUGACUGCAGUGCUCAGUCACUGACUUCCUGCUUUGCUCGGCCUUCUCGGUCCAUCACCAGACACUCUCCCUCCAAAUGCCGACUACAUCCUCCUGAAAACAUCCGGGGAGGAGAGGCUUCUUCCAGCGAGUGAUCAUGCUGCCAAGGGACAGAACAGCAGUGCUCCCCUGGCCCCAUUCCGUCCCUCAGCUAACAGUCAGAAUGAGAAGCCAGAUCUCCAGGGACCCACUGAACAGACCUGAAGCAGCUGAUAUGAGGCAUCAGGGCCCAGAGCGGGUUCAGCAGCCUGUACAUCUGUCUCCUAAACACCACCUUGCCUUGGAAGGAGGAUUUAAGAAGCAGAUGUUGCAUCAAAGCCUGGAAGCCUGAGGAAUACGUUCUGAGGGAGAGAAAUGCAAGGGAUCCCUUUCACACCAAACAACAGGGAUGUCGUCUGUCAAUCAGUAUAAUGACCUCCAGCCUUCAGAUGGAAAGACAGGAAUGGGAGAUUAAAGCUGCUCGUUGGAGUAUCAUGCUAGGGAUUUUCUCUGGGAGCCUCUUCUUGGGUGCUGAGGGAGUAGCAGGAACUUUUUGCUCAACUUAAAUGUUUGUCUUAGGAUGCCUAAUCAGGAAGUGUCCUCUGGGGGCUACAGACACUCCAAACAGGCUACCACAGUAUAGCUAGACUUGAUGUGGUUUUGUGAAGAGAUUUCAACAACUUAAGUCUUAUACCCUAAAGUCUUCAGUGGGAUGCCUUUUCCCUAUAAUCUUCCAGAGCAUCAGGAAGAUUUCCUUCCAGACAAUAGGCAAGCCAGGAGGCAUUGGCAGUGCCUGGCUACAUGUGGGAUAAAAGACCAGGAGCUUUAACAAGAAAUUUGGUUGUACCAAAUAGAUGACUUUAUAUAUCUUCAUUACCAUUCAUUGCAGUUCAGACACCUAGUGUUGAGAAGACGUGUUCCAUCCCUUGGGACAAUCUAGUGAAGUCUUUGUGAAAUUCAUAAUAGUUAGGUUCUGGCAAUACCCCAUAACAAUGAACUGGACUUGGGCUUCUGCUCUGAGGCCUGGCUUAAUCCUUUUGUCUCUCACAUUUCUUACCCCCUGGCUCUGGCUGCCCUGGAUUUCUGUGACUCUCCAUGGAAUAUGAUAGGGCAGCCAGCCACCUUAAAGAGUCUGGAUCUUCAGAUCCUAGGAGUAAGGGGCUUUGCAGCCCCCAUCUUUGGCAGCUCAUGUCCAACAAUGAUGUAGAAAAAACAAUAAGAGACUCGUAGGGGCUACGGUCAAGGAAUGUAGGCCUCAGGAUCUGGGUGUACUUACAGAAGAAGCCAGGGAGCCAUCAGUUAGCAGAGAUUUUAAUUGUCCCUGAAGCAUUUGGACAUCUUUGGCUUGAAUCUUGCCCUUUCUUCAGACAUCCUAGAACAGUAGUCAGCCUCAAUACUAUGUUUACAUCAAGCAAUGAAAAGCAAAGACAUUCCUGCUAAACAACCUUGGUGGCUAGCUUAGUUGACCUAACCAGAGAAGAGUUAGCAAACCUGCUGUUUCCUGAACUAUGAGGCAAAAAGACUCCAGAGCCUCCUGAGGCCCUGACACAUGAUACUGUUGAACUUUCUUGACUAUAAAUAUUUAAGGUAGUUUAUAUUAUUUUAAUAAUUUAAUUCACCCCCUGAUCCCUAGAGUAAUUUAUUGAGGGUUGAGAGUUAUAUCCUGUUCAUCAGGACACAGGGCAACAUGGUGUUCCUAUUGAAAUGUUGAAAUGUUGGGGAAGUUGAGAGGGAUACAAGGCAGUUCAGCAAUUGAAUAUUGGUUUCCUUACUCAUUUCCAGAGAUCCACUUGGCACAGCUGAAAUUCCAGAAUGCUUAAUUUCCAAACAAUAUGAAUUAAUUGCUUUGGAUUCAGAACCCAGAUUCUCAUUCAUAGGCAACAAUUGUACUGGAUCUGACAUCCCAAUAUCCCCUUCCUAAGUUCCCAUUAACAGGGAUGUGAGGAUUGGGUUGAUUCCACCAUUUCCCAUACAUUUCCCAUUUCAAUUUUCAAUUUCCCUUCCCACUUUUUUAUGAGCCAAACAUAGGUCCUUGAGCCUCAGCCACGCUUGGUGAUCCCUGAGAUUCCCAGCCAGUGUACUCAGUGGAAAACUAGACUGAACCUAGAGAGUGUUCAAUGCAGCUUUGCACAUAGAUUUUAAAGUUUCUACUAGCCUCCCUAAAUUUUCACCAGCCUGUCCAUACUUAGCCUUAAUGUCUGGUAGCACAUUCACUGCCUCCUAAAGAUCUUCCCCUAGUCACAUACUGACUAUCCAUUUUUUCUACCUCCCUUCCCACCUAUCUUAGUCAUUCCACUUCUUCCAAGCCACCUUUCCCUAACAGCUCAUGCAUCUAUCUAUAUGUUAAGUCCCAAGUUUCCUUAACCACUGGGUCUGAAAUCGCCAAGAUGGUGGGAAGUGGCUCAGUAUUGUUCUCCCUGUACAGAAUAUGCUUCAAGGAGCCACUGAGUCUCAGUUGAGGGAGCUAGUUUUCAGGGGGGUUCUGGCAGCCUUAACUGGCCACUCUAAUCACACUCUUUAAUCAAGAGAGUAGCCCUGUUAAUUUUCAUCUGUCCCUGUUAGUUACAAAGCCAUCUUGGAAAUGCUCUCUAAUGCUCAUAUCUAGCAGCAGUCCAAGCCCUUCUGUCAUACUUCAAGACCUGACAAAGGUCUUGACCAUCAACUUCUCUCCAGCUGAGUGGUUAGAUAGACUGCCUGAGAGAGCUGAAAGCAGUCAGCCUCCAAUGUGAUCCCUCUAUAGGGAGUACCUGGUGCCAAUGUACCCUGUUCACCUCAGUUCUGAGGCGCACACACAGAUACACACAGAGCUCUGCUCUUCCUGAUUGUGUCCCAGAGCCGUUGCAAAAUUUUCUAUCUGACUUAAACUGCAAAGAAAGAGCUAAAAAGAGCAGAAAACUCAGAUCUGACAAGAUUUCCAUCUUGGAGCAACAACUCAUUUCAUUUCACUUGAUCAUCCAGAUAGACUUGAAAAUGUUCCUCAGAACCCCAAAUAAUCUUGCUCAACCCUACUGAGCACUUUCUGGUAAGUUAUCAAAAGUCAUUAGUCUCCAUUCCCUUUUGGCUGAAUGUUGGUGAUGUUUAUGUUAUUAACUUGUUCUUCACGCUGUGUUCUGAAAUGAUGUUUGAAAGGUUCAGUGUUCCACGUAUAAAUAGCAAGAAGGGCAUACUGUAUGGAGAAGUACUGCCAUCUUAGAGAGGACUCUUAACCUGCAAAAUCAAAAGGGAUCCAGUGAGGCAAAAAUCCAAAUCCUAACACACAGAAUGAGAAAAUGCAAUCAACAGCCUUCAUGGGAUAAGUCCUGGAUUAAGUGAGAGGUUUUUACUAUUCCAUUGCAUGAUUGCUGGGUUGACUAUUAAUUUGGGGGUGAAACACUGCCAGUGGAAAGAUACCAGAUGCCUUCUACACUGCCCCACUCUGGUGGCACAGUACCCAAGGGUAUCCAGAUACUACUUUGGGACUGCUUGACCCUUGGUGUGGAGUUGAGAGGUGUGUGUGGCUCCACUGCUCUCAAAUACAUCACUAAGAAACCCCAACCAACUCUGUGAAGAGAUGGAGACCCAAGAAUAAUGGAUUGCCAACCCCAGCCAAUUUGCCUUACUAUCCCAAGGAGCAUGGGAAGAGAGAAAAGCCUUGGCCCCUCUCCUCUGCCACCCCAGCUCCAUGUAAGCAACAGCUUCCUCCUCCAAAUGAGAGAAGCUUUGAAAUCUGAUUUUUAGUAUAACACUCUUUUCUAUAUUUUGCAUGCAGUUGUACAUGAUCAUUUAUUGUUCUAAUGGAAGCUCUGGACAGUGGGUUUUUAAUGGGGUUAAAAUAUUUCAUGUAAAUACUGACUUGGUUUUGUUUUUAGUGUUUUAAUUUGUAACUAGGGUUUUUGUUUGGAAUUUUUUAUUUUAAAGAAUUUACUAUUUUGGAAUGUCAUUUCUCGCUCUCUUUUUUUCUUCCCCAAAUGCCUUUAAGUAUUGUUAACAUUCCCAAGGCAGAGAACUGCCUGAAUUGUGGGUGGGUAUCCCUAGAGGGAUUGUGGAACCCCAAAAUGAAGAGGUUUUCAUCCCUCCCCCAUCAAUUAUCCUAACUUCUUCUCCUUCCAAAUUCCCUCGUUUUAAAGUACCAUUUGCCCUCUACCUGCGUGGGUUGCCAAGCUAUGCCCUUAUACUACUAGAUUCUCAGUUGGUUAUAGCUUUUGGAAAAAUUCAGAAUGAAGCUGGGAGCCCCUUUAUGAAAUCCUUUCUGUCAUAAUGUAGGGUUUUCUCAUCUUUCCUUGCUGCUUGUUAUAAAGCUAAGUCACAGACACUAGCAAGAAGAAUGGAGAAAUGAGAAAAUGAUUUACAAAUUUGAAACUAAAUAUGAACCAAUAUUGUAUAGUAUUCAUUUCCCCUGCCUGUCAUAUCUCCUAAUGCUACUCAGAUUUUAGCAUUGGUUUUUAACAUUAACAUUCACUACCCCAAUACCCACUCCAGUCUCUAAAACAUCUAUAAAAUGAUUCCAUUUCUACUAGGGCCCUCUCUUCCAAAGUUUUAAUCUUCCCUUUGAUGACCAUUUCAUGAGUGGAUGACCUUCUUCAAAUGUUUUCCCUAGCAGGCCUUCCUUUCCCAGUAAAAAAAAACCAUCCCUAAAAAUUACAGAUUCAUUAAUGCAUUCUUAAUAUCUGUUUAAGACUAUGGGGAAGCCACUGACUUUUCUUCACAGUUUUUGACAGGGCAAAAAACUUGUUCAUUUUCUUCCUGCCCCUUAUGUCUCCAGUUUCCUUCUCCUUGCCCCAAAUACUCUUGUGACUUAUACAUCCUCUUCUUCCUGUCCUCACUUACCUAACUCCAUCCUUAGUGCCAAUUCUCCAGAAUCCUCCUCCUUUGUUGAUAAUUGUUCACAUUUAUUUUUUAAUAGUUCACAUUUAGGUAGGUUUUAAGGUUUACAAGGUGUUUUCCUCAUAACAAUCCUGUGAAUUAAGUAAAUGUGAUUGUUUCAAUUUUACAGAUGAUGAAACUGAGAUUCAGAAUAAUUGACUUGGGAUCAGAGAACAAGCUGGGAGCUAGAAUUCAUGCCCAAGUCUCUUGACUUCCUCUACACUAUACUGCCUCCUCUUGCCUUCUAAAUCUGCCAGUCAGCACAACAGCUGUACCCACUUUUUCUCUAUUGUUGCACCUUUUCUAACUCAUAGUAGAGACAGUUUUAUGUGCAAAGGCCCUAAACCAUGAUCUGUAUUCCGUACCCUAGACAUAAAGCAUCUAUGGUCCUGAGGUUCAGGAAAUUCCCUAGAGUGUUUUGCUGUCUCUGUUGUUGACAUAAUGUUGUUACCCUGGGCAGGGAAGUCACAUGAUUACUCUGUAUGUCAAUUUCCCAAUAUGUAAAAGAAGAUAAUAAUCCCUUUUCUUUCUACACAAGGGUUGGUAGGUUGCAUCCCAUCCCCAAAACAAAACAUUUAUUAAACAUCUACUGUUGGGUAAAUGUUAACAGGCUAAUAUUUUAAAAGGCUACUUUGAAAAAUAACAUUAUUGACCUUCUUUACACAUAGGGUAUACAUGCUGUGCCAGCCCCUGUAUGGCCCCCUAUCCAUACAGAUGCUAUCACCAUAUGGAUAUAUUUGCUCUCUAAAUCACAACAUUCAUCUAACUGUGCCCAAACCCCAUUCGUUUCUGCCCCAGUUUUCUUCUCCUGUACCCCAAAGCAGCUGUGCUAGAUGAGCACAUCUUGUCAUACUUAGUAGUUCUACUUGUUACACAUUCAUUUUAUAUCUCUCCCUACCCUCACCUUACCUCCCUAUAACCUCCUCCUAAUCACUUGCCCAUCCAUCUCUCCAGCUAACACAUCAGCAUGGAACCUUUGCCUGCACAUACACAAUAGCCCACAGUAGAUCUGUCCUAUGGACUCACCUCCCACAGACUAGGGAUAUAAAUCAUCAUAUACAAAGUAUGUACCCAGGAACUUUACCCAUGGCAGAUAGAGUAUAUUCCUGCAAACUCACCAGACUUACAUAGUACCUUCUAACACAAGAAACCAACAAUUGUAUGCUUCAAGCCUCUGUGUGUACUACAUACUUUAACAGCAUGCACACACAUGCACACUGCCAUUCAAAUUAUUAUUAAAGAGCAGAAAAGUCACUUAUGAUCAUUUAGAGGGCACCAACUCCUAACCCUCCAUUGAUCAAACUGGAAAAAUCAUUCCCUUGGUGCCUUGGUUUCUAUAGACACAUGUAAUGUAGUAGGGGAUGGGAAGCCUAUUAUCUCUGCAGUGGAUGCAUCCUGCCUUGGCUAAAUGAGUCCCUGCUUCUCUCCAGCUCUCCUAGAAUCAAUUCUCCCAAGAAGGGUAUACCUACCUGAAUCAAUUCUCCCAAGAAGGGUAUACCUACCUGGUCCCCCUCAUUGCUGAAGGCAACAGUAGGACCCUGAACCCUUUACUCCACAUAUUAGAAUCUGGUGUUUUUAAACACUCAAACCAGAGAAAUACUUUAAAAUUUUAGUUCCCAGAUUCAAGUUCUGAAUAGAAAUGUUCUGCUCCUGUCAAGAAAUUGAGCUCCUCCAGUGUUCAGGAUAGGGGAAGGUCCUCUACCACAGGAUUCCCUCAGUAACUCUGAGUCCUUUUAUAACCAGUUAUCCCCUUUAAUUAAAAACCUCUAUCAAGAUCGGAGUUCUUGGUCUUUUCAAGGUUUUCCUUCUCAUUUUGUUAAAUAUCUCACUGGGGCUAUCUUACAUGAUCCCCUGCUUCAUUUCCAGCUAGGCAGCUGAACUGAACCAAAAAAGCAAAAUAAAAUCCAAGAAUUCAAAAUUUUGUGGUUUUUUCUGAAUAUUGAAACCACCCUCUGAAAAGUCUGAAACAGAAAUGAAUCUGCUCAAUCUCUAAAACUAUUGAUUCUAAACAUUAAAUUAAUUUCUCAUUUAAAUAUUAUCUUGUUUUACAUAUAAGGAAACUGAGGUACAGAGAAUGUGAUUUGCCUAAGGUGGCAAAGCCAAUAAAUAGCAAAGCCUAGUCUCCUGAUUCUAAGACUGAUGGUCACUCAAAACUUGUUCCCUCAUCUGUAAAAUUAAGAUAAUAGUUCACAACCUACCCCACAGGAUAGUUGUAAGAAAAAUCACUUUGGAUAAUUCAUACCAUUACAUCAGUGUGACCUUUGAACUGACACAAUAUGUCAUUUGGUUUAAGUCCUUAUUUCCAACUAGGUAUACGUUUCCUGAACCCCAACCACUACUUCUCUUAGUCUUACUCCUCAUAAAGACAAUAUCUGUUCCAAAAAGACCCUGGCCCAACUUCUAGUUAGCCUCUUUUAGAUUCCUCAUUCCACUUUACAAGUUCCCAGACUCAUCCCUCCCCAAUCCCUCACUGUCCUUCCUCCCACUCUAUAGUAUCUGCUGUCAGCCUUCUCCUCCCCAAUGCCUAGACUUCCCCAGCCCAUGUACAUUUGUUCUAAAGAUUCUUAAGGAUUUCCUGAAGCAUUUCCCCAUCUAUCCAUCCCACAGAAUGCCUUCUGCUCCCCAAGAUCCACUUUUGGAAGUGCCUGAGCUAUGAAAUCUGCUUUCUUCCUCAGCUUUUUCAGUACAUAAAAAGAUUUUUCUUGUCAUUUUCUAAAUACUCCCUUUAUCAAUACAAAUAACAACCUUUUUGCACCUUAGUAGAUAAUUUCAUGAGUGCUGUGGCCAAAAAUAGUAUCAGGCAACUAACUUUCCUGUGACAAGACUUUCUGAACAAAGCUGGUCAUCAUUUGACAUAUAGUCUCUUCUCCAAAUAUCUACUCAGUCUUUGCAGCAUAGUAAGACCUGCUAGAGCUUGUCCUCACCUGGAAUCAUGUUCAUUUCCACAGUGUAAUUUAGUGGAGGAACUCCAAAUUAAUUUAUAGAAUUUAUGUUUCUAGGAAUUUUUUUGCAUGUUAUUUAUUUAUUUAUUUUGUUUCUGUGGACAUUGAAAUCUACUUCCUUUCUAUCUUGGGUCAGGCUGGACUAGACCAACCUGGAAAAACUACUGAUUGGACUUUGCCUAAAUAUGUCCAACCUCAGCUGCAGCACUGCCAAGACCCUGAUACAACCUGCAAAUUCUAUUCAGGGUUUAUAGCUUCCAUAUAAAUAUUUUAGGAACUGGGCCUGGGGCUCCUAACUUGUUCCUGCUCUCCCUGCCUUCUAGUAGCUCUAAAGUGGAAUAUGCAGGGCUCAAUUUCACCUCUGAGACUAUUAAAUGUUUAUUUUCAGCUCUUAAUACUCUUUUCUUACAUACUAGGCACAAAAGCAAAAAAGUUUUUUGUCAACUUCAUUUGGAGACUAGGUACUUCCCCAGAUGUUUGGUAAAUCUACACGUCUAAGUCUACAAACCUGACUCUCACUGCCUGAAGUACUUUUCUUACCACCUCUGAACCAUCCCAGAACCUUGUGUGUUCUCAACUCCCAUUCUUUUAUCUUUUUCACAGUACACUUAAUAGAUUUCUUGAACAUUUCUCAAGUUUCCCUCUUUUGACUGUCCCAUUUUUCUCUUGUCCCAGGUAUGAGUGUCCUUAAGCAAAAUCUGGAAUUAUUUCCAGGGUCCCCACCUAUUGGCUCCGGUAGGCUUUUGCUCUCCUUCUGUAUCCCCUCCUGUGCCUCAUUUUUGCAGGGCCAUGCUCCAAGUUAAAUGUCAUCAACACUAUGAUAAUGUGAUCACUGAUGAGGGUUUAUUACUCUUGCCAGGAGUAUUUGGGUUUAGGAAAGCUUUCAAGACUCAAGAAUUUUAAUGAUUUUUUUCAGGCAUCCAUAGGUAGGUGGAAGGCUAUUUUCAGGCAGGACAUCCUGCCAGGAUCUUGUUAAAACCACAUUACAUAAGAAACCUGCCUGCAAAAAUCAACCUUGUCCUCAGCCUAAGAAUCCCUCUGUCUUUAUACAUCUCAACAUGGAUUCCUUAACUUUCCCUCCCUUUCAGCUCUGUGUGUUGAUUAGUUAAAGGCUUGAAGAAAGAGCAUUUAGGUAGCCUUAAAGAAGGUGAUGAAGUGAUCAAUCUCAGUAGUGUCCAAAGAUAUUCCUUUAGUUCCCCCAAAAACUAUUUUAAUCUGGCCAAAAUUUAGGCUGGGAGGUGCUGUAAGCAUGGCCAAACCAGAGCCAGCAGGCAAAUGUAAAAAAGGAGGCAGCUCAGAAGGAAAAAGGGAGAUCCAAAUCAACAGCCUCUAGGUUGUAUGUUACUUUGUGACAUACCAUGAAUGGAGAGACCAUUAUGAUCAGUUUGUUAAACAUGGCAAAAUACCAGAAAUUAAGAAAUUUAAGUUCUAUGUACCAGCCUUAUCAAUAAUUAUAUUUAAGGCCUUAAGCAAGUCUCUUCUCCGAGGGUCUCAGUUCUUCAUUUGUCAAAUGAGAAGGCUGAAUUAUAUGAUCUAUCACUAAGAUCCCACCAAAUGCUAAGAUUCAAUGAUAAUGGGAUUAACAUAGACAACAGGUAUAGUAUACUCCUGGCUUUCUUCUACCUUUGCUAUAAUUCUAAUGUGCUUCUCCAGUUGGUGCCUUAGUUUGCCUGUCAGCAAUACUGGGGAUGUUUCCCAGUAUUAGCAUAGGAUUGUAAGAAUUGAGAUUAGGAGAACAUAUGGAAAAAAAGCUUGGAGGUCUCCCUAAGGUCAAAGAUUUUUCAUAAUUUGAGCUUCCUCUAGAAACUUGGCCAUCCUUAAUCUUAAAUUAGGAGAGAUCAUACACAGCUAGAAAAAUAAUGCUGGUUCUGUCAAAGUGAAGAUUGCUGGUGAUCCUUUUGGAGAGGAAGAAAUGCACUUGAGGAAUAUCAGAUACAGGGAACUCCUGAAGCAUGUUUCCCAGCUUUCAGCUACGGUAAUAGAUGACCAACUGACCUGUCAAAGAUCAUUUUCCCAAUUAUCAGAAGGGGCAGUUCCAAAGGCUAAAUUUUCAGGUUUUCCCUGAUACCUGAGAACAGUGGGAUCUCAUUUCUGCAUAUCAUCAACAAACAGGUCCUUGGUACCCUUCUGCACAGGGCCUUAUGGAAAGGUUAGUGAGACAGCACUUUCUACAAUGAUAAUCUGUCUAAGGAAUUAAUUUAAGUACAACCUUUGGAAGCAGUGUGGGGUUUGGUAAUAUGAGAUCAGAUGGAAGAUAUUCAAAAAUCUCUGGACCCUAGUUGACCAUAGCAUUUAGUAGGCCUAAUCCCAUAAGUGGGUUGUAUUGAUGUCUUCUAAUAUCAUACAUAGGGAGCACAUGGUAGGGGAAAAUUCUAGAGGAUGGAGCUUGUCCCAAAGGUGAUGAUGGGUCUGGGAACCUUCUGACCUGAGAUCUAAGGAACUUCCUUACCCUAGGUUGGUUCAUUAUCUAGACCAUGACUAGAUUCUGGAUUGAGAUUGAUCUUUCUGUCUAGUGUGAGGCUACUUCUAGAAAUGUUAAGAAAGUUUUUGUGAGAGCUAGGACAAAUCUGGGGAGGGGAGGUACUAGCUUAGGGAUAGGAAGGUGCAAGGAUCAGUAGGAUCUUGGGGUCUCUGGGCUGGCUGAGUAAGCAUCUCCUUUGCCAGGGCUCUCAAAUCUCUACCAGGUGCCCUGGUUCAUUUGAAAGAAGCUCAAACUUUGUCCCUGGUCUGAUUUGUUCUAAACAUUCUCCCAGUAGACCUUAUAAGACAUUUUAAGAUUGUUGCCAAAAAAUGGCUCCAAAAACUUCAUUUGGGGUUUGACACUGCCUCAUCUCAUUCAGGAUCCUCCCUCUACCAGCAGAUACUGUGAAACUGCCUUUCCAAAUUCAGCCGGGGGGUGUGUAUGGGGGCGUGUGAUCCUUUUAGAACAUAUCGUCAAGAGAAAUCCCUGCCUGCAUGGGAAGUUCCCUUGGUGGAGGGGGAAAGGGCUGGAGCAUCUUCAGAUUUAGCCGUUUCCCUGUAACAAUGAGCAUUCCAAGUGGAAAUGCUCUUUCCUCUAACUCAUGUCUUCAAAGGUUUCUUUCCUAGGACCAGAUGCUAUGAUGACCAUGUUCUAAUCCACCAGCUGUCCCUUCUCCCUGUUUCUUAUUUCAUACAUUAAAAUUGUUGUACAGUGUAUACUUAUAAAAUGUUUUUAAUGGUUGUAGAUCUGAAAUAAAGUCACAAGAGCUGUUUAAAUGAA